UGCUCUUCUUUUGAUAUCUUAGAAUACUCACGUAAUCCUUGGCCAUGGAGUGCCGCGAUCUAGAAUGCUGGGAUGACGAUGAGGAUUUGCAGGUAUUCGAGACUUUCGACUUUCGUGCUUCCCUUGCCUCUGCUGCAACCGGGAACCACCGCGCAUCAAUCUCUUCUUCCCGAGCAGGUUCUGUCUCAUCACGCGCGGGCUCGCAUUAUGAACCAGAUGAAGAAUGGGACAACCCGUCAUUAAUCCCGGACGACAAGUCCAAGCGUUGCUCACCGCUGCCCGCCGCAUCUUCAGCUAUAGAGGACUACGACGAUGAUUUAGAAAUACCCAACAACGGAGAGCCUCUCAAAUUAAUUCGCAGAGAUGCGGCAACGUCAAACGAUGCAUUUGAUAAUUGCGGCCUUGAAAAUAUACUCGAGGCUAGUUCUCCGCAAGAAUUUCAACCAGGGGGUACCAGGCGAGCUGCUGAGCAUCCACUGAGUGAAAGACAUGUCGCCGAUAUCCAUGACAAAGCAGCUCUGCCAUCCAUCAUCCCUGAAUCAGCGGAUGAGGAUCUAGCCUUCGAUGAAGAGGACCUUAUUCUUCCAGAUGACGAUAAACCAUUAAAGCUUGCGCCACGUAUAGCCACUGAUGGACAAAACGACCAUCCCCCAGAAAAAUUUCAUCCCAGAGAACUGAAGUCCCAAGACGCAACCACGCCAGCAACCGAUGACUUCCUUUCUGGCUUGGAAAUAGGAGAUAUUGACGUUUUCGAUGCAAAGAAGCUAGCUGUCAAUCGAAAUAUCAAGCAUAGAGUAUCCAGGAUCCCUAGACCGGCAACUGUUCGAGAUCGCGGUCAUUCCAAGCUCGAACCAGUCUCUGAAAGCGGAGGUCCGAUCUCGUCAUAUAAAAGACCCGAUUCCCGUCUGGGAAACCACGCAGUUUAUGACCAACCUAAUGGGCUUAUUUCAACCCCAACCUCAUCAUAUACUGUGCCACCCUUUACGCCGAGCCGACGAGGUCUGAGUUGUAAGAGAUCCAGGGAAGUAUUACGAGGCGACGCUUCAAAUUCGACUAUUCAGUUACUCAAGACGAAAAGAUCUUCGCCCGCGAUUCGAACACAGUAUUCUCCAGGCAAACCACAUGUGCCCUUCCUGCCCGCAGGGAACACUGGAUCUCAAUCGCACCACGUUACUAGUAAGACUUCUAUGCCGUCGCGUUCUCUUUCUCGGCAGUCCUUCGCGAACCGCCCGAAUACACCAACCCGCGGAAGGAAGGGAUUUGCCCCGGAGGCCCUUGCCCGAGAAGCUGCUGCUAAAAGGACGCUGAUGCGCCCUGCCAAAAGACGCAAUUUUGGCGAUGGGAACGAAUUGGACGCCUUUGACGAUUUGCCGACUUCCGCCUCUGUAGAAGGUAGAUAUAUCCGUCCUGCAGUUGGUAAAGGGGCACCAAAACUCGCACGCGGACCGCUUGGGAAUAGCUCACCUGCGCCUCUUCGUAAUCUUCAGGUGAAGAAUAUGACUCCAAGUUUUGCUCGAGAGACAACCGCUAGCCGUUUAGCACGAGAGUCGAGGACUGGCGUGUCGAAUUCAAAGCCUGAAAUCGGACACUCAAUUGCUUCGCGUUUGCAUGGAUAUCAUCCGCCCAUGGGACGAACUUUGACCAGCCCAAAUUCUACAAAGUCUGAGAAAAGAGCAGCAGGCGCAUCUUCAAAGUUGGGCCUGAUCAAGGGCUUGGGAGAUGGCACAAUAAAACCAAAGUCGGAGAAGGGCAUGCGUUAUAAUCCGACUAUGUUUCGCUGGGAGGGAAACGACCUUGCUGUUGCAGGAUUUGAGUCACCAGCUGUCUCGCCGGAGCUACCUUCAGAGGACAUUACCAAGUCGAAGUCAAAGUUAGCUCUGAUCACUAAUAUCUCUUCUAGUCAGUCUGUCAAAGCUGUUGGAGGUAUGGUGUUCGACCCGCAACGAAUGUGCUGGCUCAAAAUUGGCCCUUCUACGAAUCCCCUUUCUUCCUCUGCCGACGACGACGAUGAAGACCCAUUCGCUGGUCUGGAUGACCUUGAGGAGAAGAAAGAUGUGAAUACCGGUGAAAAUAAAAGCACCCUAUCUGACGAAUGGUUGGUGGGUGAGGAAUUCGAUGUAGGGCCGGCAUUCGUCAAGCGCCAAAAAGACGAAGAAGCGAAUUGGGCUCGCAUUGUAGGACCAUGGUUAUCUGGCACGAUCAGCUAUAGUGAGGAUGCACGUUGCCUGCUUCGGAGCAUCAAGGGCUCGCUUGUAGAACCUGCGGGGUCUCUACUUGAUCGCAUUGCCAUGGAACAUUUUUGAUGAUGACACGAGUAAUGAUUUCUGCGACACUGAUGACUUAACGACUUAUAGUAUUUUGCACAUGAUAAUCGAAGUAAUAUGUCCAUCAACGCGUGCUAACUAAUAAGCCUUGCAAGAACAUUAUUGAGGUGAUAAAUUCAUAAGACAGC